AAGAUGGCGACCCCACUUCCGGUGGGGCCUGGUGUCAGCGGUGCCGCCAUGGCGGAGCUGUCAGACGCCGAGCUACGGAAGGAGCUGAUCGCGCUCGGUUUCCGCCCGGGUCCCAUCACCGCCACCACCCGCAAGGUCUACACCAAGAAGCUGGACACCCUGAGGGCCGAGGCGGCGGCGGCCAAACGCAGCGGCCGCUCCUCCCAGCCCAGCCCGGCCCGCGCCCCCGCCAGGCCGCAGCAGGCCUCACCCUCGCGGCAGCGCCCCGGGCCCCAGCCCAGCCCCGACAGCGAAGACGACGAGGAGGAUGAAGAGGGCAGAGGCCGCUGGGGGACUUCAGGGCUGUCGCGGGGGUCCCGAGGGACAGGGCUGGGCGCCAGGGCUGAAGGGGGGCUGAGCUCCCCUCCCCAGUGGGACACCUCGAUACAGAGGGGUGGGGGGCUGGAGGCGCCCCUGGGCGGGCAGAGCCCCACAUCGCAGUGGGACACGUUUGUAGAGAGGGGUGGGGGGCUCAGGGCUGGGUUAGGGGCGCCCCUGGGUGGGCUUGGGGGGCUGAGCAGCCCGUUGCAGUGGGACUCAUCAAGGGAUCGGGGAGAUGGAGGCGGGCUAGGGGUGCCCCUGGGUAGAUCUGCGGGGCUGAGCACCCCAUCCCAGUGGAGUGCAUUUACAGAGAGAAGGGAGGAGCUCAGCGGUGGGUCAGAGCCAGCUCUAGAUGGGUUUCGGGGCUUGGGGUCUUCGUUGCAGUGGGGUGCGUCGACAGAGAGAAGUGGGGGGCUCAGCACUGGGUUAAAGCCAUCUGCGGACAGGUUUUGGGGGUCAGAGUCCCAGUGGAGCCCAUCUGCAGAGAGGAGUGGGGGGAUUGGCAUCAGGACUGGGUUAGGGACAUCCCUGGAUGGGCCUGGGGGGCUGAGCUCCACCUCAUCUUGGGGCAGGAGUGGGGGGCUCAGCUCCCAGCCCCUUUCCAGUGAUGAAAGUGGGGGUCUGAAGUCCAGGAGCCACUGGGGUACGUCAGGAGGAGGAAUUCGGGGACAGAGCUCCCGAGUUCAGUGGGAUGCUGCAGGGGAAAGGAAAGGGUUCUCCUCCAACAGCCUAUGGAGUCAGGAAAGUGAGGUGAGACCCAGCACCCACUGGGGCACCUCAGCGGGAUCAGGAGGGUUGAGUCACCAGUUUGGGAGAGGGAAAGAGGACUUGGCUUCCAGUGUUCGGCAUGAGGCAGACAGGGAGCAGAACCCCAGCAGCUGGGGAGGGAGGUUGAUCCGACGGUUUCCGUGGAGGACUCCAGGCAAUGCAGGGCUGGCCUCAGGGAGCCGAUGGGAGACGUCAGGAGCAGGACAGGGGGUAACCGCCCGCACUCAGUUGUUGCGGUCAGCCCCAAAGCAGCAGAUGGAAAGAAAGAGCAAAGGCCUCGAAUACUACCUCUCCCAGUUCCUUUGCCUCGCCAGCUUUGUGCUGCUGAUGGUUUUUCUUGGCAUCCUCAUGGUGAAGAUGAUUGGGUCGGGCUGGCUCGAUAGCAGAGAGGAGAACUUUAAUCUCUUGCCUGUGGAUUGUGACAGAAGAACCGAUGAUUUCUGUCAAGCUAAACAGAAGGAUGUAAUAAAGAAUGUGCUGCACGAGUUGUAUAACUACUUGUCUGUACAAGCUGGUAAUUUUGAAUGUGGAAACCCUGAGAAUCUAAAAAGCAAAUGCAUUUGGGUUACUGAAGCAAAGGAUCACGUGGUGAAUAUAACUGGCAGUUCUGCACAGAAGUUUGAAGCUGCCCUGCACUGGAUACUGAACAGUAACAAGGAUUUAGGAAUAUGGUUGAAAGGCAGAGACCUUUCGGAACCAGUUACCAAAGUGGAGGAAGUGUUCUGUCUUGAAUCAGCCCAUCCUCAGAUGGGGCUCGGCUGCCGUUUCCGUCGGGCAGUGAUCACGGCCAUUAUGAAUGUUUUCCUGUUUUUCUGGAGUCUGAUAACUCUUUGGGGGAUCCUGAUCUUCCUUAGGUAUCGCUGGAGGAAGAUGGAGGAAGAGGAACAAGCCAUGUAUGAGAUGGUGAAGAAGAUCAUAGCUGUUGUCCAGGACCACUACAAGGAAUGGGAACGGAAUUUGGAGCGUUACCCCUACGUCGGCAUUGUCCACGUUCGGGACAGCCUCAUCCCUCCGCAGAGCAGAAAGAAAAUGAAGCGGGUGUGGGAGAGAGCUGUGGACUUUCUGGCUUCAAAUGAGUCACGGAUUCAAACGGAGUCGCACAGAAUAGCAGGAGAAGAUAUGCUAGUGUGGAGAUGGACUCAGCCUUCUUACGUCUCGGAUUCAGAGCACUGAAGAGGAGCAGAACUUGAGCAAGUGUUGAUAUGGUCCUCUGUAUGGGGAGAGUCCCUUCUCUGGUGGUGGGAAAGAGCAGGGCACGGUCCUGAUUUCUAGGGCUGGGGAGUGCACGUAUCUGUUUGCUCUUCUUUCUGAAAACCUUCACACACAAAAAUUCAAGGCAAUAAUGUUGGCUUGGAAAGAAGAUGAGCUGGUGGGAAGCUAGAAUUGCACCAAAGUUAGCCUUCCAGCAGGUAUCUGGCUUCCGCAGGCCGGUAAACCUAGAACAGCUUUUUAAGAAGAAAAGUAAAAUGCAUACCUAAUAUCGAGGGACUUGGGAUCUCUCUGACAAAGAAUAGGUGUUUUAAAUUUGACCUCGGUUCUGCCAAGGCCAACUGGUGGCAACGUCCAUCAGGGAAUGUGUUUAAAGAAGAUUAACAUUCAUGUUGUUCAUUGUGUUUUGCUAUCUAUAAACGUUUGGUUACUCAAGUUUCUUUUUUAUGUCCAGCAAAGGAUUGUUUGUUACAAAGAAAACAGCACCAGUGUGUGGCAGUUCAGGCUAGGCAGAGAUGCUGCUAAUCUGCUCUUCCCAGUAUUGUCAGACAGCCGUCCAGCUCGCUGGGACAGCAGAGACCAGACUCAUUUCUGGCAUAAAAACCUGCAGAGAGAAGGCAGCGUUGAUUUGAGCCUGUGUAACCAGGAGAUGUUGUUUUCCUUAUCUUCAUGGUGCCACCAUGAAUGCUUGCAUUCAGCUCUGACGUUGGAUGCAUGGAGAGCGUCCUCGCCGGGCUCUUGGUUGCUUUAUUGACGAUGCCGCAUUCAAGAUGGGUUCCUUGUGCCAGUCCCUGCUCACCUCCCGGUAUUAACCCUGCACUUCUCUGCCCCGCUGCUGCCUUUGGGGGGGUUCCACUCAUGUGGAAGGACUGCGGAGGCUCUUACCUCCCACUGGUGGUCAGCAACGAGUGGAGAGAGUGGAUUUCCCCAGGAACAAAACAUGGGGAGGUCUUUCCCAUUUGUCAGUGCCCAUUCCUGACACCAGUAGUGUUCUGGCCCGCCCUGACCUGUACAAAGAAGGAGGGUCUUCUGUGUGGCAAACUGGAGACCGACCAAAUCUCCGAGAUUAAAUUCAAAUGCAGGAUUUGUUUUGGACGCAGGCAAAACUAACAAACCUGAUACUUGUGUACGCUCUGAGUCGCUGCUUCCUAAAGUUAGAAAAACAGAUCUCAAUCUGGUCAGAUCACAAUCUGAUACCCAGACCUCAGCCAAGGUCGCUAAACAAACCGCAACACAACUCGGAUUUGAUCCGAUACGCCAUAGUGCUGGGAAAAAAGAAGGGACAGUAAGAUAAGUAAGAAAGAGAGAGGGAAAAAAAAUAAUUAGUGGGGCCUUGAGCAAGCUGAUCCAGUGGGAGGUGUCCCUGCCCGUGGGGGGGAGUGGAGCCGGAUGGGCUUUAAGGUCUGUUCCAACCCAAACUGUUCUAUGAUUCUAUGAAAAGAAAAAGUAGUCACCACUCCCAUGGGGCAUAGCGAUUCCUCUGGAAAAUGUGGUCCAUCUGGUAGGGAUUCUAGAGGAAAAUGUGGUCCGGUGGUUCUUCAGCAGCACUUCAAGCUGGUUCCAUGGGGUGGUGGGCGCACACCGUGCCUCCUUGGCAGGCUCGAUUUAUAGGGCAAGUCCACGCCCCAUUAGCAGGUGUGUGUGUGGGGGGAAUCUUGCUGUGAAAGUUCUCUGCACAGAAGCGCCUUUGGGAAGGUUCUGGAAUUGAGGCUGGAUGAACCUUUAUGCACAGUUAGAUGGGGAGGACAGUGCCUGCUGCUGCACCUUUUUCCCUCCUUUGCAGCAGAGCCACUGCCCUGCACUCAGUCAAUGUAUAAGGCACAAAAAAUACCACUAAAGGACUCAGUCUUUACACCAUUAAAUGGGAAAUAUCCUGCGUGGAGUUGGCUCUUAGCCCAUAUUUUCUUUUUGGUUGCAAAGGGAGGGUGUUGGAACAGAAGAGGAGACUCAAAGCUGUCUUCAAGACACUGACCAGCUUCUUCCACUGCUAAUAAACUAGAGUGAAGGCAGCUUUGAUUCUUCUGAAAUGUUGUAACAAGAUCUUCACUGCUGCCAUAGCAAUUUUUGCAAACACUGGUGCCUUCGUUCUUAAGCCUUUUUAAAAUAUAUGUGAGGGUUGGGUUUUUUUAAAACCAUCCAAAUCCAGGAGUGAAGAGUUGCAUUGCUAUUCUUUUUUUUGUAUUAAACUUGUUUUUGUAGAAGAAGUUUCUCUGGCUUGGUGCUGUUUAUUACCUGUUCAAUUUAACUCUGUAAACCAAUAUAUAAAAUGAAUUUAUUACGAGUAAUUUGUUACCUUUAUUUUCAUCAAGGAGUCACAGAUUGUUCCAACUGCUUUCGCUCAUGCAGAUUAAAUAGAUCCUGCUCGAGGGAGCUCACGGUUUCUAGGAAUAAGACGGCAUGGGGAUUGCAUGACAGCCUAAUGAGACAGUGUGGAUCCUUGUGACAGGCAGUGAUCUCGGCACAGUAGCCAGCAGUCUCAAGUGUUUGGUUUGCAAAUUAAACCUGUGUUUUGGGAACGGUUGGCGUUAAGCAAAGGUGUGUAUGGAAAGCAGUUUAGCUUGUUCAGCUGCGUUUUCUAGAGAUUGACAGCUUGGAGGGUUUUGAAACUAAAUAUUAGUUGAGCAAGUUGUUGAGUCUUCCUGCGGCCUGUAAUAACAUAGUUAUUUAAAGCAGAGAACGAGGUGGUCUGUGGUAACUGAGCAAGGGUGCCUCAGGCUUCGUAUGCUUUGCUCUUGUUCUCCGGAAGGCAGAUCCCUUGCCUGCUGGGUGGCUGAAGUCCGCAGGUGCUGCAGGAAGUCUUUACUCUGGUCCAAGCGGCUGCUCCUGUGCGCUGUGGCAUCCUCGGGCUGUGGUUAGCUCGCCUGCCUUUGGCGUGGGAUGUGAGGUGCCAGGCGAUGGCAUAGGAAGACUGGGAAGUAAUGAGGGAAGUGUUGGAUACAUGGUGAGGUGGGAUGGAUGUCCCUUCCUGCUUUUGCUCCCAGCUCUCGCUUGCCACUGGACACGUUGCUUCCCUCCUUGUGUCCCAAAGCUUAAUACUAUUUAAGCAAGGAUGUUCCGCGUCUCUUUGAAGGGGGGGAUAUUUAUGUCAAGCCUAAAGGCAAAAAGGCAAGGCCGAAGCCAUUUACCAGGUAGCCAAGGUUGCCUGGUGCAUAGAAGACCCAUAAACACCUCUGGCUUGCCAGUCUGCAUUGUCUUUAGUGUCCGUUUCCCUGAGAGUUCUCAAUUCCUCCCUCACCUGAGUGUCAGUGACUCAGAACGUGCGCCACCACGCGUUUCAGCUCCUUCAAAGUCUGCUCCUGAAACGGCACGAGUAGUCCGUGAAUCAUCGCUUUGUAACUGCUGUGGACAUGGUUGACUCACUCGUGUUUGGUUGGAGGAAUGUUUGAUUCAUAACACAGGUCUGGAUGGCAAAGGGGGAGAUUUCCACUGGCACAGCAGGAGCACAGGUGCUCCGUGGCAGUCGGUGGGAUCUUGCUGUGUCCUCACUGGCACCGAGAUGUUGCUAAGGUAGAGGAACAAAAGGCAAUGCAGGACUUAAUCCCUAUCCUGAACCUGCAUUCCUGUUCAGAUGCUUUUACCCAGUCCAAGUUGCUAAGUUACAGCUGAGAUAUAUUCAAGGUUAGGAAAUACUCUUCCGUUUGGUGUAAUUCCACGUGCCAGAGGGUGUUUGCUUUGAACCAAGCUGCCAUGAUGUUCUCUGCGAUACUCUUCCCCCGUGUCCUUCCUUUCAUGUGCUGUCUUGAAAGCAGGGAAGCCUGGUUUCAUGCCACGCUCACUGCCGAGCUCCUGCUUGCUCUGUACAAACUGGAUUGAUAAUUCCUGUGGCAGCAGCAGUUUUCCCAGAACCCCAGGUCUGUUCAAAGAAGAGAGAAUAGCUGAGUUCUUCAUGCCCGUGCUCUACUCUCCUUACAGCUUGCCUUCGCUCAACCUGAGCUGCUAACGUCCCUCUCCCACUCCCUUGCCAAGUAUUAGGUUUCUAUAAAUAAGUUCUCCACCGGUGGGCUGAUAAAGCCAUCGCAUCCCUUUACUGUCAGAAAAGAAAAUAUGUACCAACAAGGAAUCUAAAAUAAAAUUUGCCCUUUAU